AAGUCUGUGCACGUGAAAUCGUUAAAACAAAUGUAUGGAGUACAGGAGUCAGUCUCUGGGUAUUGGACCGCCGCGCCACAAGCCGCACAGCACUGACUCAGAGUGGCAGUGCGGCCCUGAAAACGUGCCGGAGUGUACUCUUACCAGAGUCAAGGUUCCUCCUCUUUCCGAUCUGAAAGCAAGCUACAUUUUGUGUGUGGCCACUCUGGGCCAUGGAUACAACCUCCAACAGUGGCAAAAUCUCUUUAUCGACACCAAGCUAAUACACUCUAGAACUUGGUUAAAGAAACAGUGGCCAGAUUGGUUACAGAAUUGGAGUGAGGCGCGUUGACCGGUGAAUGCAUAGAGUCAAGAGGGUCAAACUUGGUGACAAUAAAGAGGGUAUCUGGAAAAGGAACGCACAAGUGCAGGUGUGUCUGGGUUUCCACACCUCUUAUCAGUUGUUUCUAAUUUCAACAACCAGCUGUGUGACAGUGAGGAUGACGGCUGUGGACGGCCUUUCACAUAGUACUGAGGUGGUGGAGAUGGAGGAUGUCCCAUCCCAGUUCUUUGUGGAGAAACACUCUUGGGAAGGCCUUCGUGACAUUAUCCACUGUAGCAGGAAGUACUCGGGCAUGAUAGCUAACAAGGCCCCCCAUGACUUCCAGUUUGUGCAGAAGAAGGAUGAGAAUGGACCCCAUUCCCACCGGUUGUACUACCUCGGAAUGCCUUAUGGAAGCAGAGAAAACUCAUUGCUCUACUCAGAAAUCCCUAAGAAGAUCCGUAAAGAGGCCCUCCUAGUGUUGUCAUGGAAACAGAUGCUGGAUCACUUCCAGGCUACACCACAUCAGGGGGCCUACUCUCGAGAGGAGGAGCUGCUGAGAGAGCGUAAACGUUUGGGAGCAUUUGGUAUCACCUCCUAUGACUACCAUGCUCAGACAGGCCUGUUCCUCUUCCAGGCCAGCAAUAGCCUCUUCUACUGUCAGGAUGGAGGCAACAAUGGCUUCAUUCAGUCUGCUCCUGUAAAGCCUGUGGAGAUCAAGACCCAGUGCUCAGGGACCCGUAUGGACCCCAAGGUCUGCCCUGGAGACCCUGACUUCAUAGCCUUCAUCAACAAUAACGACCUGUGGAUAGCCAACAUUAAGACUGGCGAGGAAAGGAGACUCACUUACUGCCACAAAGGUGUGGAUAAUGUUAAGGAGGACCCCAAGUCUGCAGGUGUAGCAACGUUUGUCAUCCAGGAAGAGUUUGACCGGUUCACUGGCUACUGGUGGAGUCCCUCAGCAGUGGAAGACCCUAAUGGAGGUAAAACAGUGUACCUUCUGUAUGAAGAGGUGGAUGAGACCGAAGUAGAGAUUAUUCACGUUCCAUCUCCAGCACUGGAGGAGCGGAAAGCAGACGCAUACAGAUAUCCUCGUACAGGUAGCAAAAAUCCCCAGGCUACCCUUAAACUGGCAGAGAUCAAGACAGACCAUCAAGGAAGAAUUGUGAGCGCACAAGAUAAAGAACUGGUCGUCCCUUUCACCUCCUUGUUUCCUGGGACAGAAUACAUCGCCAGAGUAGGAUGGACGAGUGACGGCAAAUAUGGCUGGGCAGUGCUUCUGGACCGCAGUCAGAGGAAACUACAGCUGGUCCUGCUGCCUCCUGCCCUCUUCAUCCCUGUCACAGACGACCCAGCUCAGAGGCAGGAGAGUCUGGAGGCCGUGCCCAGUAACACACAGCCAUACAUAAUCUAUGAAGAGACCACUGAUGUUUGGAUUAAUGUUCAUGAUAUAUUCUAUCCCUUUAUUCAAACGACAGAAGAUGAGUUUACUUUCAUUUGGGUAAAUGAGUCUAAAACAGGCUUCAGCCACCUGUAUAAAAUCACAUCCCUGUUACAACCAGGAUGCUACCACUGGACAGAGGACUACCAACACGUAGAGGGAGACUUCAAAUGUGCAAUCAAGGAGGAGAUUACAUUGACCAGUGGAGAAUGGGAAGUGCUGGCAAGACAUGGUUCCAAGAUCUGGGUGAAUGAGGCAACAAAGCUGGUGUACUUCCAGGGCACCAGAGACACUCCUCUGGAGCACCACCUCUACAUGGUCAGCUAUGAUUCACCUGGAGAUGUAGUCAGACUAACCAAGCCUGGCUUUUCUCAUAGCUGCUCUGUUAGUCAGAACUUUGACUUUUUUGUCAGCCACUACAGUAACGUGAGUACACCCCCAUGUGUUCAUGUCUACAAACUGACCAGUUCAGAAGGUGAACCACUACACAUGGUACCUGAGUUCUGGGCCAGCAUGAUGGAAUCACCAGGUUGCCCGGGAGAUUACAAUCCACCUGAGAUUUUUGACUUUCCAGGGAAGUCGGGCUUCCAGCUUUAUGGGAUGGUAUACAAGCCUCACAACCUGCAGCCUGGCAGGAAACACCCGACUGUUCUCUUUGUGUAUGGAGGCCCACAGGUGCAGCUAGUGAACAACUCCUUCAAGGGGAUGAAGUACCUCCGUCUGAACACGCUGGCCUCUCUGGGCUAUGCUGUGGUCGUCAUUGAUGGGAGGGGCUCCUGUCAGAGGGGCCUUGAAUUUGAAGGAGCACUGAAAAACAAAAUGGGUCAGGUGGAGAUUGAGGACCAGGUGGAGGGGCUGCAGUAUGUGGCGGAGAAAUUUAACUUUGUGGACCUGAGCCGUGUUGCCAUCCAUGGCUGGUCCUAUGGUGGCUUCCUCUCACUCAUGGGCCUCAUCCAGCGACCCAAUGUCUUCAAGCUGGCUAUUGCAGGUGCCCCAGUGACUGUGUGGAUGGCCUAUGACACUGGCUACACAGAGCGUUACAUGGAUGUGCCGGAGAACAACCAGCAGGGCUAUGAGGAAGGAUCUGUGGCCUUGCAUGUGGACAAGUUGCCCAGCGAGCCCAAUCGUUUGCUGAUUCUUCACGGAUUUCUAGAUGAGAAUGUGCAUUUUUUCCACACCAAUUUCUUAGUGUCACAGAUAAUCCGUGCUGGGAAGCCCUACCAACUUCAGGUCUACCCCAACGAGCGACACAGUAUUCGCUGCCCUGAGUCUGGAGAGCACUAUGAGAUAAUGCUGCUGCACUUUCUACAACAAUACCUCUGAAAUGAGACAACAGGGGAGAAGUAGUCUAGUUUCCCCUCUGUCCUCCUUUACUCCCUCCAGCUCACCGCCCAUCUUUACUCUCCCCGACCUCCCCAUCCCAACCCCGUCUCCAACUGUUCACCCUGUCACCGAGAGACUAUUAGACACUCUGCCGCCACAAACCACUCUGUCCUAUGAACUAGUCAUCUCACGUCCCCACCAUACUUCCCUCUUCGCUCUCUCUGUCUCUUGUUCUGUUACUCGCUUGCUCGACCUGUCUCCCCCAUGCCCUCCCCCCUGUAUACAGUCUGGGGUAUGGUUUACGAGCACAGAGAUUUGGUGUCUCACCCUGAAAGCUGAACAAAGACAAGGACAUAUGGAGAAAUAUUUUCAGGCUGUGUCACAUUGACUCAUCGCUCACCCGCGUCCUCAUCUGCAACCAUGAUGGUUUUUUUGCCAAAUGUUAUCGUGUUGUUUUCCUCCCUUGCCCCACCUGUUUUAUUCACUUGAGUCAGUGGUAGAAACGGGGUUACAGUUUACAGAUAUGAAAUGGAAUCUAUAAACAUAUUUGCAGAAAGGAACUCACACACUAUAGACAGACACUCACAAGCACACUCACACAGACUUGCAAUAUCCAUACAUACUGUGAGCCUGUACCUGGCAGUUUGUGUAAUGAUGAAGAAAGGACGAAAACCAAGGCUCUUCCUCUGUCCAGUUGUUUUAAGUGUGUGUUGUUUAAAAUAAAAAUAUUUUUAUGGAUUUUUAUUCUUUUUUUUAAUGAGUGCUGACAGAAGCCGCUCAUUGAAACUUUUGCGCCGUUUUUCUCCCCUCACAUUACAUUGCUCGAGUUGUCUGCUUGCCUUCUUAACACAUAAUUUAUAUUUGCCAAAGUACCUCUUGACUCUUGAUCAUGCUGGUAUUUCCUUUUUUUACUGCAAUAAAGACAACAGGAGGGUGAGCACUGGAGUCUUACAACAGCUUUGUACCACCGGAAUACAAU